AUGGAAUCAAACGGACCAGUUCAAGAACAUGGAAAGCGAAGAGUCGCAUAUUAUUACGAUUGUAAGUCUUUUUCUUUGUAUACAAUUUUUAUCACGGAAAUUCAAACUUUUCAGCCAACAUUGGAAAUUAUUAUUAUGGACAAGGUCACGUCAUGAAACCACAUCGUAUUCGUAUGACUCAUCAUUUAGUUCUAAACUAUGGACUUUAUCGAAACUUGGAAAUCUAUGUGAGUUUUUAAUUAAAAAAAGAAAUGUUUAUGACGAAAUACUUAUUAUCAUUGUUUUUCAGAGACCAUUCCCAGCAUCGUUCGACGAUAUGACUCGUUUCCACACUGACGAAUAUAUGACUUUUUUGAAAAGUGCAACACCAGACAACAUUAAAUCAUUCAACAAGCAAAUGUUGAAAUUCAAUGUUGGAGAAGAUUGUCCACUUUUUGAUGGUCUCUACGAAUUUUGCCAAUUGUCCAGCGGAGGCUCACUUGCGGCUGCAACAAAGCUUAAUCGCAAAAAAGUUGAUAUUGCGAUCAACUGGAUGGGUGGUCUUCACCACGCGAAGAAAAGUGAAGCAAGUGGUUUUUGCUAUACAAAUGAUAUAGUUCUUGGUAUUCUGGAAUUACUCAAAUAUCACAAACGUGUUCUUUACGUUGAUAUUGAUGUUCAUCAUGGUGAUGGAGUCGAAGAAGCAUUCUAUACAACAGAUCGUGUUAUGACAGUGUCAUUCCAUAAAUAUGGAGACUUCUUCCCAGGAACUGGAGAUUUGAAAGAUAUUGGAGCUGGAAAGGGUAAACUCUAUUCUGUAAAUGUUCCACUUCGUGAUGGAAUCACUGAUGUUUCAUAUCAAAGUAUUUUCAAACCAGUUAUGACAAAAGUUAUGGAAAGAUUUGAUCCAAGUGCAGUUGUCUUGCAAUGCGGUGCCGAUUCUUUGAACGGUGAUCGAUUGGGUCCAUUCAAUUUGACGUUGAAAGGACAUGGAGAAUGUGCCAGAUUCUUCCGUAGUUAUAAUGUUCCUCUGAUGAUGGUUGGUGGAGGUGGAUAUACACCAAGAAAUGUGGCGAGAUGUUGGACUUAUGAAACUUCAAUUGCUGUCAAUAAGGAAGUACCUGAUGGUGAUUAACUAGAAAAAAUUAGAUUGAAUUUCAAAAUAUUUUUUCAGAGCUUCCAUACAAUGAUUAUUUCGAGUAUUUCGGACCAAACUACAGACUUCAUAUUGAACCAUCAAAUGCGACAAACGAGAACAAUUCGGAAAGCUUGAAUGCUCUUCAGUAAGUGUUCAAUAAAUAUACAUUUUCUGUAGAUAAAAAUCCUGAUUUUCAGAUUGUCUGUGAUUCAAAAUUUGGAAAAACUUUGUUUUGUGCCCAGUGUUCAAAUGAGACGUAAGUUAUUUUCUUUUGAAACAUUUGAAUCAUUGAAAAACUGUUGCAGCAAUUCCGGAAGACGCUUUUAAAUGUCUCAACGAUGAUUCACUUUUGAAGGAUGCUGCUGAUCCAGAAAGAAGAUUACAUCGUAAGUUUUUCUUUGGAAAAAAAUUAUAUGAUUUUUGUAAAAUCUUCUCAAUUUUUCAGCAUCAAUAAUGGAUUCGCAUGUCGAAGAUGCUGGAGAAUUUUAUGAUGGCGAACAAGAAGGAGAUGAUAGAAGCGAUGAAAAUGAUGCAAAACGAGCUGCUGAAAGAUCAUCCGAUGGAGAACCUUCGGAUAAAAAAGCUAGAGUUGAGGUAAGCAUUUUUCCUCUUUCCAAAAAACAACCUAGAAAUUUGAUAUUCGAAAAACAACAAUUCACUUGAACAUUUUUCAGACCAUAAAUUUCAUGUUUUUCAUUUCUUAAAUUUCGUUUAUCAUAAAAAUUUAUUUCUUUUUCAGUAA